AUGACUCUACGACAAACUUUUCAACAAGAAUACCACUGUCUGCAGUCCAAGCAGCAGGUUCCUUCCUCAAGUUCAAUCCGAAACUUGAACCCUUUCCUUGAUGGCAAGGGGAUUCUACGGGCCUGUGGGCGUCUGAGGGCGUCCCACUCGCUGCGUUAUGAUAAGAGUCAUCCAAUCAUCCUCUCGUAUUCCUCGUCCUUUGCACGACUAUUGGUUCGUUUCACCCAUCGUAUAUCCUUACAUUGGGGUAACCAAGUCGUCAUACGGCUGAUCCGUUCCAGAUUCUGGAUUCCAAAAUUGAAGGUCCUCGUCAAAUCCACCAUCAACUCUUGCAAGGUUUGCGUGAUCUACAAGAAGAGACUGCAGACCCAAAUGAUGGGGGACUUGCCCAAGAAAAGGGCGUCCUACUCGAGACCUUUCACGCAUACUGGAGUCGACUUCGCCGGCCCAUUCGAAGUAAAAAACAACACGAAGGCGAUCCACUUGGAGGCAACAUCGGAUCUCACGACGGAGAAAUUCCUGGCCGCAUUCUCCCGUUUUAUCGCACGGCGCGGGUGUCCAUACCAGAUGUACUCGGACAACGGGAAAACCUUCGUUGAAGCUGACAAGGUGAUCUCCAACGACUUCUUGGAAGCGACGAGGGAGUGCAUCAUCGCACAACACGCCCACAAGAGCCUAUCCUGGCACUUCAACCCGCCGGGCGCCCCGCAUAUGGGUGGAUUAUGGGAAGCCGGCGUAAAGAGUUUCAAGGCACUCUUUUACAAGGCGACCCUCCACCGGGGAAGUAUACGUUCGAAGAGUUAUCCACUCUUCUCGCUAAGAUCGAAGCCUGCCUGA